AUGCUCGUGUCGAGAUGGGUUAUCCCUCGCCCUGAGGUAUUCAAGCCCAAGAUCGUCCAGCUGUACGACGAGCUGUUUUCUGAUGAAGAUUUUCUCGUCGCCUCUGACGGCUUUUGGACGGAGUUUUUCCUAUUGCGACCCGACCGUAGCGCCCUGCGCCAUCGAAUCGAAGCAUUGUCGCCGCCCCAGCUGCUAGUAGUUGAGAGUCAGACGCGGGCGCUUUUCUCGAGAGCUAUAGCGGUGGCAGCUGGGGGUGUCAUUGACAAGGGGCCUGAUAGGACUAGCACCGAGCGGCGGCCUGUCCGUUCCGAGACGGCUGCCGCUGCGGCUCUUGACACACUGACUACAUUCUUGUCCGCCGUCUUGGCCAAAAAGUACACGAACCCAAGCUCUGAUGUAAUUGCUGUGCUGGCAGGUCUUGACAAUGUCGACACAGUGAUGACCGAAUUCGUGUCGGUGCUAGAUGGCUUGCUGCGACACGGACGGACGCCAUCGCUGCGAGCCAAGGUGGUGGACGUCGCUCUGGCCACGGCGGCUGGAGCUUAUCAAACAACGCUUCUCACCUACUUCAUCCACCGAGACCUAUUCCCGUCCAUUAUACGGACCAUAAUCGACACGGAUGCCUCAAAUCAAAUAUUCGAAUCUUUCGUACUUCUCGGCCUCCUAGCCAACUACAACAAGUUCGAAUUCCGCAAUCCCUAUCAAUUGCGUCUCGCCGAUUUUGUAAACGAGGAAGCUAUACAAACGAUCCUCCACAGCGUUGGCGAGGGCUGUCAACGACUUCGCAAUCAAUAUGUGGUCAUUCAAGAUGACGCGCCAGAAGGUUGGACUCUGGCUAACACUUUGGGACUGAUCGGACUGAGCGCGAUAGCACCGGGAACACACGCGCCACCCAAACCUGUGUAUGACGCCGAAACGGCAAGCCGGAUGUUCGCAGCCUUGCCGGGAGAUGAGGCAGCAGUUCUGCUAGCGACAUAUGAUUUCACACACGCCAACAAGCUGUUUUGCUCCAGUUUGGUCACAUCACUGGGGGCGAGUGUUGGUGCAAGCUCCCCCAGAAGUGCAGGCGGCGAAGCUGAGCAUCCCAUUGCGAGCUUUAUCUCACUUGCGUCCUAUCUUCUCCAGCACGCUUUCUGUUCACAACGCACCACCCUCUACGCACAUGUGGGCCUCAUGGUUUUUCGGCUGCUGAUUGAGGACGUAGCGCUGUGCAAGCGAAUGUGCAGUGACGAGAGCCGUGUGUCCGUACGCCUCUGCCGCCAACGUCUGCCGCAUCUACCGCUCGUCAAGCAACCGCGCCCUUUAGCAGCCAGUGUGAUGGACGCUAUGGUUGAUAGCAUCACACAUAAUCUGCAGAGGCGUCUCGACAUUGGCCUGUACACAUCGUGCGUGGGGAUAUUGUUGCGGCUCGUAGCGCACUUGUCGCGAACCCGCACACGGCUAGCGUAUCAUUGGGCAGAGCUCUUUCGCGCACUGAUCAGCCUUGUUCGCUUUCUCACAACAUACGCUGCCGAUCUGCAGGGCUUGCCACAUUUGGAGACUCUGAUCGAUCAUGUGGUUAGUCUUAUGGCGCUGGCUUUGUCGGCGGGCGAGUCGUUUUUGCCCACCCCGGCAGCCUAUGACGAUUUGUUCUACAAGGUCGUCGAGGCAGGUGAGGUCCUAGUGAAAUUCCGUGACAUAUAUAAGCUGGCGAGCCGACCGGCGAGUAGCAUCGAAACGCUAGUUAGCGCCAAAGAAGGCCUUGACAGCUGGGAGAAGUACCGUGAGGCAGAUGAACGGACACUUCUGAAAAAGGUCGCACGCAUUGCCGUGGCAGAUGUGAAGUCUCUUUUAGAGGGAAGAGAAUGA